GGGAGCUGAGUCGCUGCUUCCUCCACUUCGUCUCCAAAUUCGUCCGCCUCUCCCACGUCUCCUUUCUUCCUCAACUGACUGUGUUACUACAACUGCUCGCAUUGCUCUCCUCCCAUCCGUUUGGGGAGGCGGUUUCCGAUGCCCCGAUAAAUGGGGAAGCCGGAGGAAGUCCGCGUCGAGGUCCCCGAUCGAGUCCACGCCAACUCCGCGGCCGGAGGAGGGGGCGGUCGCGGAGGAGACGCCGGGAUCCGCCGGGCCGUCUCUCUGAGGUGCCUCGUCGUUCUGGCCCUCGGCUCUUGCGUCCUGCUCUCUGCCAUCUUCUGGUUCCCUCCUUUCCGCAGCCGACGGUCCGGGUUCGUCACUGACGACCCCGACAGCCUUCACGCUGAAAUCCAGGCAAGUCUUGUUUUGCAAAAACCAAUUUCACUGCUUGGUACUAAGGCUGCAAGAUUGGAGAAUGACAUUCUUGAGGAAAUUGGUAUUCCAAAUACUAAGGUUUCAGUUAUCUCCAUGCAUUCGCUGGAUCCAGAAAACUCUACAUACGUGGUCUUUGGUUUUCUUCCUGACCCAAAAAAUGCCUCAAUAAGCUUACCAGCAUUAAGUAUUUUGAGAUCAACUUUGAUAAAUCUGGUCCUUCAGCAAAUUAAUAUAUCUUUGACAUCAUCAAUUUUUGGGCAUCCAUCAUCUUUUGAACUUUUAAAGUUUCCUGGAGGGAUAACUGUGAUACCUUUGCAGUCAGAUUCCAUUUGGGACAUUGCUCAAAUCCUAUUUGACUUCACAUUAAAUAACAACAUUGAAGAGAUUCUGGAGAACAUUGACCGCUUGAAGGACGAACUUAAGUUCGGAUUGAAUUUGAGGUCUUAUGAGAAUGUAUACGUGAAGCUGACAAAUAUAAACGGUUCCACGGUGACACCACCAGUUACUGUUGAAGCUUCUGUUUUGUCAGACAUGGGGAGCGGUAGUCUAUUACCAGAUAGAAUGAAACAACUAGCUCAGGUUAUCACAAGGCCCAAUGCUAACAAUCUUGGCCUCAACAACUCUGUUUUUGGAAAAGUAAAGCAAGUGCAAUUAUCAUCGUACCUUGAACACUCACUCUCAAUGGCCCCUGGUCCAUCGCCAUCUGGUUCUCCAUCUGUUGGCAAUCUUUACCCUGAACCUCCUGCUUCCUUGAACCCUACUCUCUCUCCUGCUCCUGUUCCAUCAGAUAAUGACCAUCGACCGCCUCCAUGUUUCUGUUGUCACACUUUUCCAAUAAAAAAUCCAAUGGCAUAUGCACCUGCCCCAGAAAAUGGCAUCCAGCCAGAUUCUCAGUCUGCAAGUGCACUUGGACCUUCAAGAAGGAAUGUUGAUCCUUUUACUAACUGCUUUCCUUGUCCAUCUCUUGCACCAAAUACUGGUUCAUCAGUUCAUCCUUAUCCACCAACUCUUUCUGGCCAUUUACGACACUUGACCAGUCCUCCAAGUCUCAAAGCAAUGGGGCCAACUCCCAAAGUGCACUCAAAACAAUCACCAUCAUCACCUGCAGCUAGCUAUGCUUCCAGGCCUGUACAAGUCAGUGAAAGUGGUAGCAGAGUGUCUCCAGCAACUUUGUUAUCAUAUGCAUCAUCCUCUUUAUUUUGUGCAGGAGACCCACUGAAUAGGCUAGUUGGGUGUUCAAGAUUGAUUGGGCAGGCCUGUUGAGCAAUUCAGCCAAAGCUGCAACCUAUGCUUUCUGGGAGAUGAACCUGACUGGAUUACUGGGACUCAUGAUAUUUCAACUUGUAUGUGGGCCGCGAUAACACAUCCAGCACGGACAUGAAGUGGUUCAUGCAGCAUGAGAUAUACUGCUCUAUAAUUGGAGCAUCAGCAGCAUCUGGAGUCCAGCUGGCAUAUGCUUGUUGUAGCUUUCAUCGAAAACAGUUAUUAUUGCUAAUGGAGUCUCUGAAUUGAAGUGGAAGAGUCAAGGACAUGUCUGGACAGCCGAUCUGAGAUACCUCAACAAGUGUAAAUACAAGAUAGAUAGUAUGAUACCAGGUUAUAGCUGCAAAGGUGGCAACCUUUUUUUCCUUUUGAACAGAGGUUCUCCCCAAAGGGCUGGAGCACUUCAAGGCUAUCGAUGUGAGGGUGAGCUGUUCCUUUACUUCCUUUCCAGCAGAGUACCUCCAUUUGACUUAUUCCUGAGCUAUGCUGAUGUGUAUUAUUCUUCUAAUGUAUUUGAUAAUGCUCGUCAGAUUGAGCUGUCUGCUCACUGUAAUCAGCAUUGUCACCAAUGUUUGUCAGAGUGGUAUAUUUGAUAGUUUUCGAGGUUAGCAUUUGCAUUGCUGCUUAUGUCUGAUCACUAUUGUCAAAUUACACAACAGAAAUUUUUUUGUUCGUGUAGCUUAUUGGAGUUAGGUUAUCAUGCAUGGGUGUUAGUCAUCCAUCCUGAAGAAACAGAGUUGAUAGAUCUGCAUGUUGUCACAAAACUAUACUACUUGAUAUUGUUUAUGUUGUGGAGAUUAUUUUGUGGAAUAGCAUGAAAAUUUCAAUUCUUGUA